AUGGGAAUCAAUAGGGUUUUAACACCAAACUGCAAACCUCUCAUCAAACCACUUGGAUUCGGUGGAAUUCUCUUCAAAAGUGGAAAUAAUACAAUUGCUACUGCACUUGUUGAGUUCUCGGGAAGAAUAAACGACAAGGAGACCCUCGCGCAAGGACUCGAGCAAUAUUGA